ACAGAUAGCAGAGACUCUCCCGGAGCCAGAGGGGACAGACGACGGACCGACAGACGGAGCAUCGGUGAGAGACAGAGACUUGCAGAGGUGUGGUGAGGAGGGGACCCGGGCUAGUGAAGGUGCAAAGGGUAUAGAGAGGGAGAGAAGGAAGGAGGCAGCAGAGAGAGAGAGCCAGCAAGAGACAGAGAGGAGGAACUCAGGACGCAGAGAGGGAAGAAGAGAGAGGAGAGAAAUAGAGGAAAUGAAAAGAGCAAGAGGGGGAGAGAGCGAGAGCCUAACUCUAACUGAGGCAGAGUUACAGCAAGAGACAGACAGAACUAGGAAUAUAAAACAACAACAACAACAAUAAUAAUAAAGCUAGGGAUAUAUAGAGGAGGAGACAGAGAUAUCAAGAGAAGAAAAGGAAGGGAAGAAUUUGGGGACACAGAGAGAGGGGGGGGGUGACAGAGACUCACCAGAGAGGGAAGGAAGAGACACAGAAACACAGAGGAGACACAGAGACAAGAGAGAAGAGAGCAACACAGGCGAGAGAGAGUGAAGGAAACCAGGAGGCAUAGAGGGGAGGGGGGCUGACAGAGAGAGAGAGCAGAGAGGGAAGGAGGAGACACAGAUUUAGAGGGGGAAGAGAGACAGAGAGAUAGAAGAGAAAAACACAGACAAGAGAGGAAAGGGGGAGACACAGACACAGAAGGAAGGAAAGGGAGAGAAGAGAAGAACAAUAAGGAGAGGAGAGGAAUAAAGAGCAGAGCAAUAAAGAGGAGAGAAGAGCAGCGCAGACCCCGGCUGCAGGCCUCACCAUGGGGAGAGCACAGCUGGGACUCUGAACAAGCUUGGGAGACACACCCAGCUCCCCGUCCAGGACCCUCCUCUCCAGCCACCCCUAUUGAGCCCCCCAAAGCCCAGGUCACACCCCCACCCCAGGAGGGAGGCCAGGAUGGCCGACUCCUGCCGCAACCUCACGUAUGUGCGGGACUCCGUGGGCCCGGCCACCAGCACCCUGAUGUUCGUGGCGGGCGCGGCGGGCAACGGGCUGGCCCUGGGCAUCCUGGGCGCACGGCGGGGCCGGGGGCGGCGGCCCUCAGCCUUCGCGGUGCUGGUGACCGGGCUGGCGGUGACCGACCUGCUGGGCACGUGCUUCCUGAGCCCGGCCGUGUUCACUGCCUACGCGCGCAACAGCUCGCUGCUGGGCCUGGCGCGGGGCGGGCCGGCGCUGUGCGGGGCCUUCGCCUUCGCCAUGGCCUUCUUCGGGCUGGCGUCCACUGCGCUGCUGUGCGCCAUGGCGGUGGAGCGCUGCCUGGCGCUGAGCCACCCCUACCUGUACGCGCGCCUGGAGGCGCCGCGCCGCGCCCGCGCCGCCCUGCCGGCCAUCUACGCCUUCUGCGCGCUCUUCUGCGCGCCGCCGCUGCUCGGCCUCGGCCUGCACCAGCAGUACUGCCCCGGCAGCUGGUGCUUCCUCCGCCUGCGCUCCGCCGAGCCGGGCGGCUGUGCCUUCUCCCUGGCCUAUGCCAGCCUCGUGGCCCUGCUGGUGGCCGCCAUCGUGCUCUGCAACGGCUCGGUCACCCUCAGCCUCUGCCGCAUGUACCGCCAGCAGCGGCGCCACCGGGGCCACCACCUGCAGGCCGCCGUGACCCGGACCCGCGUCGGUGAGGACGAGGUGGACCACCUGAUCCUGCUGGCCCUCAUGACCGUCAUCAUGGCCGUGUGCUCUCUGCCGCUCACGAUCCGCGGUUUCACCCAGGCCAUCGCCCCAGACAGCAGCGAGAUGGGGGACCUCCUGGCCUUCCGCUUCAAUGCCUUCAACCCCAUCCUGGACCCUUGGGUCUUCAUCCUCUUCCGCAAGGCUGUCUUCCAGCGCCUGUGGCUCUGGUUCUGCUGCCUGUGGCCCAGGCCUGCCCAUGGGGACUCACAGAUGCCCCUUGACCGUCCCAUCCUGGGGAGGAAGGAGCAGGGGGUCCCCACCUCUGUUGGUGGGAAAGAGGGGAACUGGGUGCCUCUGUCCACCUGGGGUGAGGGACAGGGCACCCCUGGGCCUCCUGCACCCCUCUCCACAUCCUCGGGCAGCACCAAAGUGUCCUCCCAUGCCCUCUGCUCCCUGUGCUGACUGCCCCUGCCUGCUCUUUGGGGGCAGAGUCAGAAAAAUGGGUGCAUCACAGACAGGCAGAGAAAGGAAUCCUAGAGCCUUUGCCUGCAGAACCGAACUGACUUCCCACCCCUGAAUUCAGGGGGUCAUUCGCUGCUAUUUCUCCUCCUUCAGGUCAGGCCCCAGGGCAAACUGUGGGGGUCUGGGUGGGGGUAGGGGUGGAGUGGAGGAGAGGGCACAAGGUGGUGGUGGUGGUGGGGGGGUGGUUCUUUGUCCCAGAACAUGAGAGAACUGAGAGGAAUCAGUGGCCCUCGCUGGCCUAUCCUCACUGUCUAAAUAUUUAGAACGUGGAUACUUCCAGCCGCUUCUGUACAACCAUUGGGUCUGCUGGGAUGGGGUUCUAGUUCUGAUCCUUAUUAUUCAGGGUGCCCCAGCUGCUCCCCCACCUCCCCACCUCCAGAUCCUCUUCUCCCAAGCUGCACCGAGAGCCUUCCCUCUCCCCCUGGAAGCUGGGGACUCCGGGAUGAGCUCGCUGCCACCCCCUCCUUUGAAUUUACCCCCAGAUUUGGGAGUCCUGCACCUCUCCCAUCCCCUUUGUGGGGAGUGGGAAGGGGACUUCUGGACUGCCUGUGACAAGGCUGGGCAGGUGCCCAAGGACACUGCAUGGCACAGAGGGGAACUGGGUGGGUGGAGGGAGCUCGAGGACUAAAGGGUGGGGGGCAUGGAACCCAGGGACCUCCCCCAAACGCAGACCUGAGUCUUGUGUCUGUCCCUGAAUAAACAGCUGCUUCCUCAUGGAACCUGACUUCAUGUCUAUGUCCUUGGAACAACAAAAGCAUUGGGGUUAUUCAUUCAUUCACAUAUUCAUUCAUUCAAUGAAUAGUGGGUGCUGACUUUGCCAGGUGUUGGGGUACAGAUGGGUCCUCUGCCUGGCACUGGACUCCGCUGAAUAUUUUCAGCCUUUGAAAGAAAGCCCCCUUUCUAGGAGUCGGGCGGUAGCGCAGCGG